CAGCGCUGCCAGAAGCGGAAGUCUGCGUAGCGUGUCUUUUGUUUUUCGUAUAAAUGAUUGCAUCUCGCAUCUUUCAGCAUCAGUUCGCUUUUCAGUUUACACAGACUCUUCAUAACCGUAUUUUCAGUAAGGUCACAUUUGAGGAAAAUACACGAUGAAGAUCUUUGUUUGUGUGCUCGCCAUUUUGGUAGGAUCAAGCUCCGCGGGCUUCCUAGGCGCUAGCGCCGCCGGUGGAAGUGGUUACGGCAGUGGUCCCGCUGGGAACGGCGGUCAUGGUGGUCACGGAGGUCAUGGUGGUCAUGGCGGAUAUGGUGGUCCAGGAGGCAACGGUGAAGUAAAAACUAUUAAAAUAAUCCAUGAAGAAGCUGCAGGACACGGCGGUCACGGAGGACAUGUAUCUCACGGCGGUCAUGGAGGAGGAGAGGUCAGAACCAUUAAAGUUAUUCACGAGCAGGGAGGAGCAGUUGGCGGUCACGGAGGACAUGGCCAUGGCGGAGGUCAUGGUGGCAGCAUUGAAGGUGGCAAUUUGAAAACCAUCAAAGUUAUACACCAGCAAGCUGGCGGUAGUGGAUUCUCAAGUGGUUAUGCUGACAAUGGUGGCUACAGCUAUAGCGGUGGCGGACAUGGUGGUCACGCUGGUGGACUCGGUGGUGGUGCUGCAGGUGGUGGUGUGGUAAACACAAUUAAAGUUAUUCAUGAACAGAGCCAUUCAGGCGGUCAUGGAGCGGGCGGCGCAAAUGGAGGAGCUAUUGGCGGUGGCGGUUAUGCUGGCAACGCUGAAGUGAAGACCAUUAAAGUCAUUCAUGAACAGAGUGGUGCUGUGGGCGGUAGUUCCCACAGUGGUGGGGCCAGUGGAGGCUAUAGUUAUGGAGGUGGUGCUAUUAGCGGCGGAGAUGUAAGUACUAUUAAAGUCAUUCACGAGCAUACCGGAGCUGUGGGUGGUCAUGAUGGUGCCUCUGUUGGUGGAAGCGCAAUUAGUGGUGGCGAAGUGAAAACAAUCAAAGUCAUUCAUGAACAAGCGGGUAUCGAGGGUCACUCCAAUGGCGGCAGCUAUGGUAGUGCAGCUGGUGGUUAUGAAGGUCCAGGUGGAACUGGCCACUUCAGCGGUGGCAAUAAUGGCGGUAACUCUGGCGCUGGAUAUCUGCCCCCAGUUAAUGAAUACGUGCCGCCAUCAAAUGAGUUCGGUCCUCCCUCAAACCAGUAUGUUCCUCCAUCAGAUCAGUACGGCCCUCCAUCCAAUGAGUACGUCCCUCCAUCGAACCAUCAUGGCCCUCCAUCAAAUCAGUACGGCCCUCCAUCCAAUGAGUACGUCCCUCCAUCGAACCAUCAUGGCCCUCCAUCAAAUCAGUACGGCCCUCCAUCCAACGAGUACGUCCCUCCAUCGAACCAUCAUGGCCCUCCAUCCAAUGAGUACGUCCCUCCAUCGAACCAUCAUGGCCCUCCAUCCAACGAGUACGUGCCACCAACGAACGGAUUCGAACCACCAUCGAACGCAUACGUCCCUCCUUCAAACCAAUAUCUUCCACCAAGAUUGUAAUUGUGGUUUUUAUUUAUUG